AUGUCGGCCAGCAAGACGUUGGUGGCGGCGGAGAUUUGUGCUGAAAUCUUGACGGUGGAGAGAACGAGAUUUUCUCAGCGGCCGACCCUGAAGCUGGCAGCGGAGACAACUCCACUGAUGACUAUGGUUACCCAGGAAGACGUUCAGGCCCGCCAGGGAGAGAUGGUAGAAUUUUCAGGACCAAUGGCUUACCUGGUAUCCUACCUGGCCAAGGCUCUCAACUUCUCGUACCUGUACUUGAGGCCCCCUGAUGGGUCUUGGGGCCUUAAACGUGAAGAUGGUACCUGGUCAGGCAUGUUGGGGAUGGUCAUCAGGCAGGAAGUAGAUGUGGGUGUCGGACCCUUCGGGGUAAGUGCAGCUCGAGCUGAGGUGGUGGACUUCACAAAACCUGUCCUAAUAGACUACAAUAGAAUCCUUGGAGCUCGAGGACAGUCAGAGGUGAACCCAUGGGGCUUCCUGUUCCCUCUGGAGCCGCUGGUGUGGGCGGCCAUCUUGGGUGCGCUGGUGGUGCUGCCCGCUGUGACCAUCCUCAUGUCCGCGUGCUUCCCACUCAACACCAACGGUCAUAAUUACGCCUUUCCUGCUACAUUCGCCUACCUCCGCCUGUUGUUGAAUCAGUAUCAAUGUUAUUUCUACGAGUCUAAGGAGGAGUAUGAGCCUCUGAUGCUUGCCAUGGUGAGCCAGAAGGGAAAUCCAAUUGUAUCAUCAAUGAGUAAAAGGAUACAAGCUAUGACUGAGGCUGGACUGUUCCAACACUGGAUGAUGGCCGCUGAGCCAAACUACACUGCGUGUUAUCAUGCGCCUACAAUAGUCACCGUCCAAGAGUCACUUUCCCUUAGCAAUGUCUGGGGAAUGUUUGUCAUCCUUAUUGCUGGUCACGCCAUCAGUGUGCACGUACUCUGCCUGGAGCUGGUGAUCGGCAACAUUCUCCACUGAUGGACUCCUUCACUACAUGAAGUGGAUUACCAUGUCUGUUACAUACGCGAAGUGUGGCCGGCUGCUCAUAAAUCUAUAUAUUUACUUAUCUUAAGCUUAAACCAUCAUUUAAUGUUUUAAUAUUAAAUUAACUGAUGCAUGAGAAGACUAAACUAGUUCGCCUUAUUGACAAAUAUAAAUUAAAAUAAGUUGUACAUCAGUUUGCAAAAGUUUUACAGUUUUAAUUGAAGAUGAGUUAUUAAUUCGAUACCCUUGGGUAGAAGGUGAGCUUGGAAGGUUAUCUUGAAGUUAUCUUGAGAUGAUUUCGGGGCUUUUUUAGUGUCCCCGCGGCCCGGU